AUGGAGCCUCAGCUGGUCCCUGUUCCAGCAGCCAAGGCCGCCGGCAUCGCCCCGCGCUGCCAGGCCCCGCACCCUCCAACCCUGCAGAUGGUCAAGGAGGCACUGCGGGCCCAUGAUGAGAAGAAGGGCGCCUCUGUCGUUGCCAUCAAGCGUUUUAUCCUGAACAAGUACCCCAGUGUGGACCCCAUCCGCCUCAAGUAUCUGCUGAAGCAGGCGCUGAGCAAGGGGCUGAGCUGCGGGGACCUGGUGCGGCCCCACAGGUCGACUGCUGUGGGGGCCACUGGCACCUUCAAGUUAGCGCACAAGAAACCAGGGCACAAGCAGCAGCUGGGCCAGGCAGCUCCUGACAGAGGCCAGGCCCCAAAGCCAGGACAAAAAGUGAGCACCAAGGACCCCCAGGCCCCCGUGGCAGGAGCACAACCCGGAGGUGCCGCCAAGCAGCAGCCCAAGGUGAAGCCCGUGAAGGCCCAGCCACAAGCAGCAGAGAAGCCCAGGAGCAAUAGAGCGAAGCAUCCCCAAGCUGCUGACCAGCCCCAGGCUCGUGGCCCGGGGCCUUCAGGGCCCCCACAGGCUGCUGGCCACCGCCAGGCCCCCCAAAAAGGACGCUCAGGACCCAGCACAGCUCGGGCUGCUGAGAAGGCGGGAGGGAGCGACAGCGACAGCUCUGAUAGUGCUGGGGCAAAGGCCCCCAGGGGAAAGAGCAAGGGGAAGGUGCCCAAGGGGGCACGGCAGGAUGCCCCCAAGGCACAGGGAGGUCAAGACAAGGCAAAGAAACCCCGUGUGACUGCAAGAGCUGGGCAGGGGAAGGCUAGGAUGAAGAAGGCAGCCCCCCUGGCAGCAGACAGAAAGGCUCCAUAG